GAACAGGUUGAUAGACAUGAAGUAUGAUGGACAAGGCUGUGUGAGGGCUCAUAUUCUGAAUAUGAUUGACAUAGGAACCAAAUUGCAGGAACUAGAGAUGACAGUUGAUGAGGACAUGAUGGUGCAUUUUGCCUUAAACUCAUUGCCAAAGGAUUUCAAGUCUCUUAGAGAAACCUACAUUGCUCAGAAAGAAUGCUGGACAUUGAAUGAUUUGAUUACCAUCUGCGUUCAACAGGAACACAACAUCAUAAGGGAAAGAGGUGCAAAAAUGGUGAACAUGGUUCAAACCAAAGAGAAAAAGGAAAAUAGACACAAUGCAAUGACUGGAAAAGGCAGCAGUACUGAAAAGUAUCUAAAACCAUCAACUGGAAUGAAGUGUUUCUUCUGUAAGAAACCAGGGCACAUGAAGAAAGAAUGCAGAAAAUACAAAAAGUGGCUAGACAAGCAGAAAACUAAAGGGAUUCAUAAGGAGGAGAUUGCCAAGCAAGGAUGAAGUGAAGGUGUUCGUUGGCAAUGGAGAAAAAGUUCAAGUAGAGUUCAUAGGAACAGUUAGGAUUGAAUUAGAUUUUGGUUUUAUUUUGGAGUUAGAUGAAGUAGUUUACAUUCCUUCUAUGAAGAAGAGUUUAAUUUCAGUUACUAGACUUGUACAAUCAAAAUUUAAUUUGAAUUUUGAUGGCACUGGUUGUUCUAUUUUCAAGAAUAAAGAGUUGAUUGGCAAAGCAAGACUUGUUGAUGGAAUGUUUCAA